AUGGUGCCUGGCUGCACGUGCAAUGGCGGGUGCCGCGAGCGUCGCGAGGACUUCACCUCCCUGUCGCUGCGAUUUCCGUCCCUCUCCGCUCUCCCCCGCAACGUCACCAUUGCAUCUUAUAAUGCCCCCUUUGCUGUCUGUCCCCUGCUCAUUCCCCGCUCACUAUUUCCCCCCUCCCUCUCUUCUGCCUUGUCGCUCCCCCGUGCCCUGCGUGGCAUGGCAGUGCCGGACCCGUGUGCGACGGCCAACUGUCCGCUCAACUCGGUGUGCAGCAACGUCAACGGCGUCGCCACCUGCACGUGCAGCGCUGGAUUCCAGAUGCUCAAUGGCCAGUGCGCCGCACUGCCCCCAUCGGACCCGUGUGCGAGCACCACGUGUCAGGCCAACGCCAACUGCACCGUCGUCAACGGCGCCGCCACCUGCACGUGCCUGCCCGGCUAUAUCCUCAUCAACGGCGCCUGCGUAGUGCCCGACCCAUGUGCGGGAUUCUCAUGCCCCGCCAACUCAGCAUGCUCCAACGUCAAUGGCACCGCCACCACUGCACCCGUCCCCUGCUCAGCUCCCUGCCCCCUCCGCACCCCAUCCCCCCUGACUCUCCUCUUGCCCCUAUUCCACCCCCCUCCCUCUCAUCCUCUGCUCUCUCUUCCCCUCCCAGCGGCCGACCCCUGCUCGUUGGUGACAUGCCCGGCCAACUGCACGUGCUCCUCCGCCAGUGGCGUCGCCAAGUGCGACUGCCCCAAUGACCUGUGCUACGGGGUGAGGUGCCCCGACGUCUCCAAGUGCACAUUCAUGCUCGGUGCGCCCGUCUGCACGUGCCCUCCGCCCUACACGCGCCUCAUCGACAACAAGUGCUCCAACGACACGUUGCCUUAUUCGGACUAUCUGGACAACCACAACGCGGCCAGGGCAGCAGUGGGCGCGGUUCCGCUCGUGUGGAACGCCACUCUGGAAGCGGACGCCGUGGCGUGGGCGACAGUGCUGACCAACAGCACGUACAACUGCGGGCUGUCGCACGGGGGCAACCCCGGCGAGGGGCAGAACCUGUCGGGCGGGAAACCGGCGGGGCAAUUCUCAAGUGCGGAGGCGGUGAGCUGGUGGGUGGGCGAGGGCGACCUCUACAGCCUGGCCGCCGUCUCCAACGGCUGCAGCACCGGCAACUUCUCUGCCUGCGGCCACUACACGCAGGUCAUUUGGAACAACACGCGCACGGUGGGGUGUGCCAAGGCGUCGUGUGGCACGAGUGCAGACGUGUGGGCUUGCAACUACUACCCGGCAGGCAACGUUAUCGGCCAGCCGCCCUAUGCGACGUGCACGGUGCGGUACGGGCAGGCGGUGUGUGUGUGUGGGGCGGGGCAGGUGCUCGUCAACAAUGCCACGUGCCAGCCCGACCCCUGCAGCAGCGGCACCACCACCUGCCCCGGCAACCUCGUCUGUGACGGCUCCUCCGGCACUGCUCAGUGCGCCUGCCCCACCGGCCUCGUGCCUGUCAGCAACGACACUUGCGUCCCACCGGCGUGUGUGGGGGCGGUGUGUCCGGCGCAGGCGGCAUGUGCGGUGGACGGCAGCGGGUAUCCGUUCUGCCAGUGCCCCGCGGGGUGGUACCUCAGCAGCAACGUGUGUGUGCAGGGCACACCCACAGCCGUCGCAGCCACCAGCCUUGCCAUCUACAACACGGCGUCCUACACCUCCACGGCCCCCGCGCUGGGCCCCACGCUCGUGCGCACGGGGCUGCCCGUCAACUCCACGCGUGCCAGCUGUGUCGACAUCCCCGGCGGCAUUGCCGCAGCGUCGGUGCGCGUGCUCUGGAACGUGCCCGACAGCACGGGGGCGCUCAAGCAGUCGUGCAGGCUAGUGUACUUCUGGACCAGCACUUCCUGCUACGGGUCUGCAACCGGCUACUUUCGCCCCACCGGCGAUGUCACCAACUUCGACACCACAUCGGGCAACGUGGCCCUCGUCAAGGCCGUUGCCUGCACCAGCUGA